CUUCAGACAGACUACGUAGCCUCCUGGUUAUUGGAUGUGAGUUCCCCCCAUGAGUGACGCGCAGCCAGCCUGCCUGACCCAAGCGUCUCUCUCUGCUAUUCCAGAGAUCGGAGCCUCCUGAAAGGCAGAUGGCUCUGGCCCUGGAUGUCGGCUCCUCUACCCCCAGCUAGAUCAAGUGGCAGCAGCGAAGGCAGCUGGAAGAUACCCACGGAGAGAAACCGAGCACCAUGUUCAGAAAGAUCCACUCCAUCUUUAGCUCCAGCCCGCAGAAGAAGGGGGUGGCAGAGAGCCCCUACUACACUGGAGCCGGCUCAGGAGUGAGGCUGAUCCGUAGCAGCUCCAUGUACGUGGUCGGGGACCACGGCGAGAAAUUCAGUGAGUCAUUAAAGAAAUACAACAGCGCAAGCAGCAUGGACACCAGCCUGUACUACCUGCAGCAGGAAGAGGACCGUGCGUGGAUGUACUCGCGCACCCAGGACUGCCUGCAGUACCUCCAGGAGCUGCUGGCCCUGCGCAGAAAAUACCUCAGCAGCCUGGGCGACCUCAAGCCGCACCGUGCCUCACAGGGCAUCUCUUCAACCUCCUCCAAAUCCUCCAAGGGAGGGAAAAAGCCCUGUGGCCAGUCCAUCCCCAAAGAAAUAAAGAAAGCAACCCCAAAGAAAUACUCGCAGUUCAGCACCGAUGUGGCCGAGGCCAUUGCCUUCUUUGACUCCAUCAUUGAUGAGCUUGAGACAGAAAGGCGGCCGCAGGCUGCCGAGGUGGACCCACCCAAUGAAGAUGUGGACUUCGACGUGGCCACCAGCUCUCGGGAGCACAGCCUGCAUUCCAACUGGAUCCUGAGGGCACCGCGCAGAUACUCCGAGAACAUCGCAGUGCACACUGUGCACACCCCGGACAGCCAGUUUCAGAGGAGCACAGAGCACAGGACCAUAGGCACUCAGAGGCGACUGGAGAGGCACCCCAUUUACUUGCCCAAGGCUGUGGAAGGAGCAUUCAACACCCUGAAAUUUAAGCCUAAAGCCUGCAAAAAAGACCUGGGGAGCUCCAGACAGAUCCUCUUCAAUUUUUCAGGAGAAGACAUGGACUGGGACGCAGAGCUAUUUGCGCUGGAGUCCCUGGCAUCUCUGGAAGAGAACUACUGUGAGACGGAGAGCCCCAAAGGGCAGUGGCUGCUUCGAGAGCGACUGUGGGAGCGAACAGUGCCCUGACCCCAUUCCAUGACUUGUCUCAGGCUACUCCCUGAGCAGAUAUCUGCUGUCAGUGCAGCAUGAGGCAUUUGGUAGAGUUAAAAUGGAAAUUGUUAACACAAACUUCUUUGCACACUGCCUGUUGGUGCCCUGCUAGUGCCAAACAGACCUGUGGCUUCCCAGAAGACAUGUCUCAUCAGAGCCUGGGUAUCCCUGCAUGCUGGGUGGGUAAGCAGGGAGGCAGAGGACCCAUGUUAGGCUCAGUAGGAGAAAGGAACUCAGCCAUGGAGCUUUGGGCCAAAGUUUUCAAGAAGGUAGCACCUGUUUCCCCUGUUUCCAUGGGGCUCAGAGGUUCUGUGGUGGCUUCAUUUUAUGCAGAAUGCAGUAGAGAAAGCAGCUCCUUUUCAAGCCUUUCAAGGCUGGCCUUGAACUCUCAGCAAUCCUCCUGCCUCAGUCUCCCAAGUCCUGGGACUACAGACAUGGACCAUUGGCUUCCAUUCUACUAUUUUUUUUUCCUGGAAUUUUCUUGUACAGCAAUUACCUGAGGGGCAUGGGGGUGGGUGGAAGAGGUGAUAGAUAAGGAGAAGUCAAUCAAAUCAAGCCAAGGAUGCUCCA